UUGAGUUUCCGUGUGUAUUGUCUCCGCCAGGGCGGCGCAGGGAAGCGCGAGCGAUGCGAUGACGGGGGCGAGCGGCGCCGCGCGCUGGAUCAGCGGACGCUGCUGCUGAUUCCCGCGAAUUCCCAGGGAAUUGGCGCUCCAGAGCAGGGAAUUCCAGAAUUGGAUCGUGGUUUAGGACGAUUUCUAGGACAGAUAGGAGCUCUUGGAUUAGGCUUGGGCGCUGUGGAUUGCCGAGGGGGGUUUUUGGGAGGAUUGACAGCAGACCCCAGGGAGCAGGGAGGGGCGGAUAGAGGCGUCGCUCGAUCGAUCGCGGCGGGGAGGAUGUGACGACGCAAUGGCAUUACAGGUAUCAGCUGGGUACAAAAGGGAUGUGUUAGCUGCCAUGGAAGGCAACGAGGAGCUCGAGGAAGGCGAGGCCUGCGAUGCCAACGAUUCCAAUUACGGUUCCGACCUUUGCUUCCCACACCUUGAGCACAAGCUGGCGGAGUUUCUGGGUCACGCCCGCAAGGAUUUCGAAGGUGGCUACUACCCGGAGAAAUUGGGAUCGAAGUAUGGAGGCUAUGGAACUUUCCUACCAACAGUACCCGCGGUUCCACCUCCGGCAGCUGCCGCUGGACGAAGAUUGUCACCUCUUACGCCUUGCAGACCGCCAGGGAUCACCAACUUGGAAGUGGCGAAGCAGGCUACCACCACGAUUGUUUCGGACAUGGCAACUGAUCAGCAUGCCUCUCCGUCCGCAAAGCCCAAGCUAAUCCCCGACUCUACUGGUACUGAAGUGAAGUCUUCGAUCACCCUGAGAAUAAAGAUGGGGAGCGAAGGUCGGGGCAGGAAUGCUGCUAUAUACAACAGGCUCGGUUUCUCUUCGCCUUCGGCUUCCGAAGGCGAAGACGACGAUUUGUCUGGACCCGAGUCCAGCCCCGACCGAAGCCCUGCAUCCAUGAUACAGAUCAUUCUAUCACAUCGGCUUCCUCCGGAUGGACUUUUAUCACCUUUGCCCGAUCUUACGCUCAGGCCAGUCGGAAGAUCCAUAAAGGUGGCCGACAGUGGCUCGACCAAGACAAAAGAACGUAGGCAGUCUAGAAUCACGAAAAUGGAAGAUGACAACUUGAAGGACUUAUCAGAGGACAGUGGCAGAAAGGACAUGGAGUUGGAUCGUAGGCAGGCGCAGGUUAAGCAAGAGGUGCAAGAGGUGAGGAAGGAGAAGAUCAAGGUCAAAAGCCAGGACGAAGCAUGGAAGUUUGUUUCUAUUCCUGCAAGGGCGGAGGAACAGAAGAUGCCAGCGAAGGAAGUUUGUGAUCUUGCAGCAGAAGACAAGGCUACAUCGAGAAAAGACUAUGCUCCUGUAAAGGAACUUCUUUCUGUCAAGGAUGUGCCUACGACGAAGUUACAACGCGAUGAGGCAUCUGUUCCGGAAGUGCCCAAGGAAGCACAUCCGGAAAAAAGAAAACAAAAAGAAAACGAGUCCGAGAAGAGAGCCAAGAAGAGGCCGAAAGUAAACAGCUCAUCAGGAAUGGAAGCGAGUGCAAGUAAAGAAGGGAAGAAGUCUCGGGCUGAGGACAAGCCACCAAAGUCGAAGGACGAGAAGAAAAAGGAGAAGUCUGCUAAACAACAGACGAAGUCGGAGCUAUCUUCUGAAGCUCUCAGGAGGGACAACCUUAAGGAGGACCCGGUUUCAGGCAAGGCAAGGGGUGGAAAAUCAAAGGGAGUCAAAAGAAGCAAAGACUUUAGCGAGCCUUUGCCUUUGGAAAUGACAGAUUGCUCUGAUAUCAAGUUCUCGGAACCGCCUCUCCAACUCCAACAGCCGGUUGCUCCUCCAGAUGUUGUCCCUCUACCACCGGCAAUCAUUAACGAGAAUUGGGUAGAGUGUGACGAUUGCCACACCUGGCGACUUCUUCCUCCGACUAUGGAUCCUCCCAAGCAGUCCGAUAGGUGGCGGUGCGAGAUGAUCACAUGGCUGCCUCCGGGAAUGAACAACUGCAGAAUCUCCGAGGAGGAGUCGACAAAUGCUGUCUACAACGCCCUUGGAAUUUCGAGUGCUAGUUUACCUGCGGUUCAAUUUUUGGCUCCCCCCGCACAUCCGCCACCUCCUGUAGCAGAAAUGUCUUCCAAGCUUAAUCACACUAAAAAGGCUCCGAGGCCAGAUUACAAUGAGGAGGCACCUGGGAAGUCUCGUGCUUUAGAUGUCAAGCCCGCGAAGCAUGCCGUUAAGAAGAAAGAAAAGUCCAAGAAGCAUUCUGAAGUUGACGAGUCUCGACUAGCUAAAAACAUUCAGACUCAAGAAGAAAAAUCUAAAGAUCCGCACGACAAAGCGAAAAAGAAAAAGAGAGCCUUGAGUGAAGAGAUCCACAUGUCCAAGAAGAUGAGACCCGAAGAUGGGAGUUUACAUCAACGUGGACGAUACCCCCAUGCGGACAUUUCCAACGAAGAGACUUUUGCGGACGAGGAUGCUGAGUCGCACGAGAAAUCUGCUGGCAAAAGACCGGUUGAUGCCAAGGGUGGCAGGAAGGACAAGCCAGACGAAUCCAGAAAGGAUAGGAGGGUUCAAGACGUGGAAGGAAGCAGCCAGCGUGCAAGGUACGAGGACAGCGAACGGGAGGAGGCAGGGAAGGCUUCGAAGCUUUUCAAGCCCGAGAAGAGUAGUACAAGAGGGAAAGCGGUUCGCGUGGUUGACAGGCACGCGGAUAUCCAACCGAAGACUUCUUCGAGGCUCAGCAAUGACGGCGUGGAACCACGAAAGAAGAAAGGAUCGGAGAACUGCUCGCCAUCCUAUGAGUCUGUAGACACGUUCAAAGGCCGGGGGGCUGACGACGCGAGGAACGCAGGCGACUUCUCCGAGAAGGAAGCCAGAAGGAGUCAUCCUGAGCACGGGAAGCUCUUGAAUGACUGGGACGAGUUUAAUGAGCAAAGCUCAUGGGACGAAGAUAUGGAUAAAAAGCAACAGGCUCACCAAAAGGCAGGCGACCAGGACAGGUACAGGCACGGUGAAGAUAAACAGGAUAGGGAGGGAGCUCCAGACGACAGGGACACGGAUAGGCGUCUUUCCACCGGGGCGAACGGUUUGGAAGAACGAGGCAGAGCAAAGGAGGACAAGAGCAGCAGGAAAAGCGUCAGAAGUUCCGAGGGUCGGUUGAAAAAUGCAGAGGCGCUGAAAGGCGAGCACGAGGAGUUUGACAAGGCUGAGACGUACGCAAAGGUUGAGGCUGACAGGGAUAGGAGGUCUGGGAAAGAAGCCCAGAGAACAAAUCCUUCCGAGGAGCCAGGCAAGAAAGGAGUGGCUGAAAUUCUCGAGGGGAAGCACGACGCCAAGGAUUACUCCCUUGCAAACAAUGCUAUCAAGGCGGCUAAAAACUUGAAGCACCACGCGGACCGUCUAAAGGACGAAACUGCGAAGGAUAUUUAUUUACAGGCAGCUCUCAAGUUUUUGCAAGGUGGAGCUCUUGUGGAGAACGUGUCUCUUUACAACGACACGGCGGAUCUGUUCAAAUUUUGUGCAUCGCAGUACGAGCGUGCAAAUGACAUGCCGGGGGCUCUUUUGGCCUACAAGUGUGCCGCAGUAGCACGCUUUCGAAUGGCGCUGCUAAAGAACUCGUCCCUGAGCCGAGACCGCCGGGAACUCCACUCGGCUCUCCACCGUGCACCCGCGGCAGUCCAGGCGACUCCUCCAACGGGAGAGUCGCCAUCCUCUUCUUCGGCAUCCGACCUCGACAACCUCAACAGUCAGAUGCUCCCCCCUGUCGAUAAGACGUUCUCGAGCACCGGGAAAGGACCCGUGUCACCGCUCAUCCAAAGCACCGGCACUGUACCUCCGGCACUCCAGCCAACGCUUGCUCGUUUCGUUCGGAAUACCGCAGACGUGUUUGAGGCCUUUGAUAUCUGGAAUAAGGCAGAGAGUGUGCUGGCGGCCGUGGUUGCGGCCAAAGUCCUGACCCCAGACAAGGUGGCUGCGCUGGAGAAGGUUUGCAGCAUUGGAUUCAGCGACGUGGAAGCACUGGUACGCCUUGUCAACCAAGCAUUAGAGGCACUGGGGCGAUAAUCAAGCAAAGCGCGACACACAGAGAAGGAUGGGGAAAUUUUUGAUUUAUGUAACAUAUAUAUGGUCAACAGCCCAACAAUGUAUCAAAAUUCAAGCAGGUUUUUUCUUACAAAAUAAAACACUCGAUCUUUUAAAA